CUUCCACAGGAGCGUCCGCGGCCGCGGUGGGCACCCGAGGGUCCUCGAGGUCGCCAUGCCCUGCCACUGCCGCCAGGAACACUCCUUACAGAAGCUGGGCGUGGGCCACUACCCGCAGCUGCUGCGGCAGGUGUCGUGCCGGCGGGACGCGGCCUGCUGCCUGGAGCCGUACCGCUGCCGCCAGCUCAACCACAGCGUGCUCGUGCUCGUCGACAGCCACAUUGUGCCCGACGAGCUGGACGAGUACAGCGCCGAGAAGCUGCCCAAGGAGCUGCGCGACUCGCACUGGAACUUCAAGGCCGUCAGCGUCGGAGUCGGCUGCCAGUGCGUCAUGGACGUGCUCGCCUCCUAGGCAGCAGUAUGGGACCCCGCACCUGGACUUCUCCCACAGAUGACCUCACUGCUAUGUAUCUGGCCGACGUCGGUGUAUUUACGCUCCGCACGUGAAUUGAUGUGUCGCAAAC